GUGAUAUUAUACGAAAAUAAUGUAGAAAAGCCAGAGUAUAAUGUAUUGGAAGAAGUAAAAGAUCUUUGGUUUAGUGAGCCAUAUCUUUUUACUGCCCGUGAUCUAGACGUUACUGUUACUGAAAUUAAACCAGAGGAAUCAAAGACGAAGUUUAUUACCCGUCACACGAUGGAAGGUCGAGCUCCACUAAGGAUAUCGGGAUCCCGACUUCUCAUAUUAGCUCGAGGUGGAAAUAAUUUGCGUAUGCAUGAUGCAUCAAUUGAAACAACGUUUAAAGUUCUUCACGAAGUAAAGGUCAGUGACAUGAUAGUAACCUCUCUGACGACCAGCAAUAAUGACGUCUGGACAGGCGGUUGGGACGGAUGCAUACGAAGGUGGAAAAUAUCUGGCGACAAACUUGAACCAGCAGGAGAAAUUAGUGUACAAGCUUGUAUUAAUGCUAUUGUGGCUAAUGAAAAUAGCGUUUAUGCAGCGGUGUCUGGGGGGAAAAUUGUCCAUGUUAAAGGGUCGUAAGCCGCUCUGAGCUCUGAAAUCUGAAUUCCACUGGUUACUUUUAGAUAAGCGCAUGUAGAGGUUAUUAAUUUACACUUUACUUCUUAAAAUUGUUAUCAGUCGUAGUCUUGCCAUUAUAUUAUCUUACAAUGUA